UUUAAAUUUUUUGCUUAUUGGAAUAAUUCGAAUAAUUCGGUUAAUAGAAUAGCAACUACCCCGUCCCAACCCGAUCACAUUAAGCGGCGCUACUUAGUUCCAGUUUCGGUUUUCAGUUUUUAGUUUUCACUUUUUUAGUUUUUUAGUUCCAGUUCCAGUUUUUUCAUUUUAGUUCCAGUUAAUUUCAGUUUUCACUUUUCAGUUUCAGUUUCAGUUUCAGUUUGCCAUCCCUGCAGAUUAGCCUCUGAAAUAGGGACAUGGCAAAAGAUGGCUACGAGCCUGCCACUUUAUUGUUAUCAAUUUGGAGGUAACUUGUCGCCAAUGAUAUUCAAGCGUUCACAUGACGUCAGCUUCAUUCAGCCAAUCAAACUUUUGCUUUUGGUUUCUUACCUCCAAAUUGAUAAGGGAGCCAGGGCGCGGCCAUCUUUUGCCAUGUCCCUAUACCUCUGAAGCUGCAUUUUUAUCCCUCCAAGGCCAAACACUGAUAACAUUCUUCAUCUAGCCCAGUGUUGCCAGUACCCAAGAAUUUUCUUGAGAUUGCAAGAUUUUUCAACCCUUGCUCAAGAAAGUCCCAAGAUUCCAUGAAAUCCCAAGAAAUCUUAAGAAAAAUCGUAAAGUUCCAAGAAAAAUUCUGAAAAAUCCCAAGAAUUUUCCAAUUUUUUCAAAAAUGCAUUGAAAAAUUUAAAAUUGUAUAAAAAUUAAAAGUAGGUAUAAAGUAUAAAUACUUCGAUAAAGAAAAUCUCAAGAAUUGUUCAAUUUUUCAAAAUUAAUUUCCUGUUUAUGCACUACAAAACUACAAAAAUCUUGAGAUUCUUGAGAUUUUUUUCGGUCAUAGGUAGGUCUAGGUAUCCUUUUUAGAGAAAAUUUCAUUUCAAGCAUUAAAGCUCAUUUGUCAUUUUACAUAUUCGUUCACCUGCUUUUUCCAGUUCUUGUAACUUCGUACAUUUUUUCAUUAAAAACUAGGUAGGAUGGGGAAAGAGGAAAAAAGAAAUUUUUUUUCGUAAUGCACUUUAUUUAAAGGAAACGUGUAUAUUUUGACGCUUGAUACAUACAAAAGUUUGUCCUAAACUAGUUGAAGGUUUGAAAUGUUUGAAUAAGCGCAAUUCCAUAACAUUACAACAGGGUGUACUGAAUACUUAGAGCUUAGAAAUCCCUUUAAAACAAUACCAAAUAUGAUCAAAAGAAAAUCCCAAGAAUCCCAAGAUUUUUGGACAAGUGACCUCAAGAGUCAAGAAUUUUAGCACUUUUGGGUUGGCAACGCUGAUUUCUAGCCUUUCCUUUAUCUUACUUUUGGUGUUUUGGAAGUUUUAGAGAAGAGCAUGUUUCAGUUUCAGCAUCCUUACAGGUUGAGUUUCCAUUCUAAAUCUAUAUUUGAAGUGAAAUCAUACAAUGUGUUUGUUCCUCUGAUUAGUUCUCUUCGCAAAGUAAUAAGCAUUGUUGCAAAUUGCAUCGUAUAUACCUACCAAUCACUCACAUAUUCAUGUUAUGUUCCGUUUUCAUAUGACAUCUUAUAUGGUACCUGUUCAUUUACGUACACUCGUACAGCGGUAUAUAUUGCAGCCUGUCAACACAACCGGUCACUUCUAUAGUAAUUAUAGCAGUAACGAUAACGCUGACCAAUUCACAUCGAACCCCAGCCCUGAAGUUAAUACUCCAAAAGAAGAUAAUAUGAUCAGCAUCAGCGAAGCUCUUGAGAUGGGAAACAGUAACGACGAACCUGCUCAAUUCACACCAAAACCCAACUCUGAAACUGAUGUCACUAAAAGAAAUACUGCCGUUUCUGUCGAUGAUGUCACGUGUAAACAUUUUCAUGGUGAUGAACUGUGCUCGCCAGUUUUGAAGUGGAAUAUAAAUUCAUCAGAUGAAGGAUCAUCAGAUGCUGUUACAUCUCCAUCAACUAGAAACCGUGUUGUAGUCUUCGAUAUCGACGAUACACUUUGUUUUAAUUGCUAUUCUAAGGAUAAAGAAGAAAUCAUUAGGAAGAGCUUUCCGGAAUGUCCAAUUAUUGAAUACAAUCGGUACGGUUUGCACGGAUUCGUUGACAGACAUCCCUAUGUAUUUCUACCUCACCUGAAGAUUUUAUUCGAUUACUUAUUAGAGCAAGGCGUACGAAUCGUUUUCUUUUCUGCUGGUUUCAAGGGAAGAAAUCUCAAAGUCAUUUCAGAACUACUUACAUCUUUCUGGGGUAGUGAGAAAUUUGAAUCUAUGAAAGCCGAAGGACAGUUCGAUAUUUUUUCCAAGGAACAUUUACGUGAACGAACUGUUGCCGACGAAGCAGCCUAUGUAAAAGAUCUAAAAGUAGUUAUUCGGGACGGCGAAACAUUAUUGGAUGCCAUCUUAGUGGAAGAUGACUAUCUUUAUGCUGCUCAUGAUCAAAAACCAUGUUUAUAUAUUCUAGAUUUAUCGUUUUGGCACGUAAUAGAUAAAGACAAGAUAAGCAAAAAUGAAGGGAAAGAAGCUUUUUGGCGAGGAAAAACGCAUAACCAUGCUGUGAAUAGUGUUUACUACAUGCUCGGUGUGUUCAAGACUUAUUUUGAAGAUGAGAAAUACAAAGUGUUGCCUUUAAGAGAAGGAUUGAGUCGACUUUUACCUAAGGAAGCGUGGAAAACACGUUUUUUUGAGAGAAAUUCGUUUGCCGAUGAUAUGAUCGAUUUAGGAUUAUCAGAGGUACAGAAACUGGUACCUGAUGCCAUGCAUUAUUGAUCAUACUAUCCGUUGUCUCAUAUUGAUAUUACGUUUUCAAUGACAAUAUUUACCUAGGUACUUAGAUAAUUGUUUACAAACUUUGUCAAUUAUUAUUGAGUAUUAUUUAAUUUUUAAUUUUUACUAAUCGUUGUUAAGACUGGUGUUUCCACGUAAUAUACCUAGGUACCUCUGUUGUGUGUUUUUAAAUGUCAUUCGUUAUAAAAUUAGUCCAAAACCGUUGCUUCCCGCGUGCCAAGUCGCACUUACGGACACCCCUUCUGAAACUGCAAUGUUUUUUUUUUAUUUGAAUGUUGUAAAAAAUUGAUGUGUUGAGAUUUUAUGGGCACCCUGUAUUUAAAAAAUAAUGAAAAUUUCGAUACUACUUAUUAGAAUACUGCUAAAAUUUGAAAUAAUAUUUGAAAAAUAAUCAAAAUGUCCCCUUUUCAGAAUCAUUGAUUUCUAAUAAUUUUAAUAGAUAAAAUAUUAGUUUUUAUUUCAUUAGAAUUUUUCGAAGAAAAAAAAAUGUUUUGUGAUUUUUUUGGACACCCUGUAUAUAGGCUCAGAAUUUUGUAUAAUUAUUCAUGAGAACUGUCUAUAAAAAUAAUUAAUAAGUGUUUUUUUCUUCAAUUUGAAUGUUCUAAAAAAUGGAUGUGUUGCUGAGAUUUUAUGAACACCCUGUAUUCAAAAAUGAAAAUUUCGUACUCAUUAGCACUGCUCAAUUUCGAAAUACGAGAAAAAGAAUCAAAAUGUCCUCUUUUCAUUGGAAUUUUUCAAGGGAAAAAAUGUUUUGUCAAUUUUUGGACACCCUGUGUUUUGUAUGAUUGAUAUUAGAACUGCUCUAAUGUGUAGGAUUUAAAAAAAGGAACAAAGUGUGGCUUUUUUGUUCAAAUUUUUUCAAAAAAUGUACCUUUCUAAAAUUUUUGGAACACCCUGUGUAUAGGAUUAGAAUUUUUGCUUGAUUUUUCAGAACUGCUCGAGUCCGCGCUAUUCAAAAAGAGGAUCUGAGAACAACUUUUUAUUUUAAUUUUUCACCGAUUUUUCUAAUAUAAAAAAGUAUUGUGAUCUUUUAGACACCCUGUUUGUACGUAGGCUCGGCAA